AUGUGCAUCUUCCAGGGCAAACCAGUGCCUAUGCCGGACAGUCCCUAUAUCAUUGCCGACAAGUCGUAUUUCUGCAUAAAAGACUUUCGCCAGGUUCCCACAUUUGCCGAGCGCCCGUUCGUGGCUGGCUACCCGCACAUGGUUUCAUACCUCGAGAUACCGCUGUUUGCAAUGUCUGGGCACAUAUUGGGCAGCUACUGUGUUGUUGACACUAAAGAACGGGACUUUCUGCAUCCCAAGUCGCUGAGCACUCUUCGCGAAACUACCUCGGCUAUCAGUGCAUACCUCGAUAUGCGACGCGCCGAAGCUUGUAAGUCUCGAUCUGCUGAGAUGAUGCAUGGUCUUCGCCGCUUCGUAGCUUCAGAUGACAUGGUUCCAAGGUCUGUGGCCCCUGUGCGCCCUGGAGCUCACACAAGCCAAUUCGACCUAGAUGUUUUUGGCGCCGCCUCGCGAAGAAAACCUGACAAGAAGCUAUCCGACGGCACGAAUGCAAGCGUCACCAUGCCAGACCAUGUUCAGUCAUUGCCUGUUUGCGAUGCAUCUGUUAUCGUUUCGCCCCAAGAUAAUGUCUCAAAACGGGUCAAAUCUGACUUUGCUACUCAAGUCGACACUCUCUUCAUGAAAGCCGCAGAUAGUAUUGGCGAUGCUAUGGGUCUGGAUGGCCUAGUCUUCUUUGACACCGUUUCAACUGGCACCCGAAACAAAGGUUGUCAGGUACGAGACAUGUCUCCUGACAAUACAUCUUCGCCAACAUGCGAUCUCUUUGCGGUACCUCUGUCCUAUUACCACAGAGAUAACGCCCCCGGACAGCUGAAAUUGCGUCAGUCGCUCAUCCAGCGCUUGACUGCCAAGUACCCUCGAGGGCAUGUCUUCGCAGUCGAUGAACAUGGGGUCUUCCAACACGAUUGCGAUGGCGAACUUGACUCUGGUGCGGAUGACAGAUGGAAUGAUCUCUUCAGUUUAUUGCCAAAGACCCGCUACGUAAUAUUCCUGCCUAUGUUUCACUAUUCAAGAGAAGCUUGUUACGCAACCUGCCUAGCCUGGGUAUCUGACACCGGCAAAACACUUGAUACUGGCGAUGUCAAUUCAUUGACAGCUUUCGGUAACUCACUGAUGGCUGAGGUCUUUCGCUUAGAAGCAUGCGAAAAUACACUUUCCAAGUCGGACUUUGUUUCGACCAUCAGUCACGAGUUACGAAGUCCCUUGCAUGGCAUUUUGGCCAGCAUUGAGCUGAUCCAAGAAAACUGCCAGGGAUCUGGUUUGAUGUCGGAGAUCUCCAUGAUUGAGUCUUGUGCGGUUACUCUUCUCGAUACAUUUGACCAUCUGUUGGAAUAUUCCAAAGUGAAUAGCCGCGCCAGCGUUGGACAAAGAGGCGGAAAUGGAGAUCCUCGUUCCACCACCCACGUUCAUCACGGUGCAGUAGCUGUCGACUUGGCUUCUAUGGUCGAAGAUGUCAUUGGGACUGUUUCUGUAGGUCAUGACCAUUCUUCGCGCCUCUCUUCUGGACUUAAUAAAGAGCGUCAAGAUUUGUUGGCAGGAUCGCCCGCAACGGCACAAACCGAGCCUGUCGUCGUCACCACACGCAUUGAAAAGGCCCGUGAUUGGACCUUUGUCAUUGACAAGGGUGCUUGGAAGCGCAUUUUACUCAAUGUCGUCAGCAACGCAUUGAAGUAUACCAAGUCGGGCUACAUUCACGUAGGUCUAGCAUUCAUGGAGGCUGCCGAUGACAGUCAGUCACAAAUCAGUCUUUCUGUGACCGACACGGGUGUAGGCAUGAGUGAGGAUUUCCUCAAGUACCAUCUCUUUACACCCUUCACUCAGGAGAAUCUACUAAGUCCAGGAACUGGGCUAGGUUUGAGCUUAGUGAAGAGCAUCGUGGAGUCACUACACGGAACUAUAUCAGUCUCUAGUCGUUUGGGCAAGGGAACGAAGAUCAUCAUCAACAUUCCGGCUAGUCAAACGGCGCAGACACCAAAUGCGCCACGUAGCGAGAACGUUUCCUCUCACGAAUGCCUACGCGGAAAGGCAAUCGGUAUGCUCAGUCUCUCUCUACCCGAAGAGCAAGGCAAAGAAUUUGCCCCCUCUAUCGAUUCGCCUCCCGAAGCGCUGGAGCGGGCCGUUCAAAAUAUCUGCCAGGAUCGCUUCGGCAUGAGGUUCACCACUGUUUCCACAGACACACUUCCGGUUCUGGAUGUACUCCUCAUCGAUCACCAUGCCAUCUCUUCGACACUCACGUACGACUUGAAAACAUUGUUCCCUACGUAUACGGGAGGGACUUACCCGGUCAUGGUCGACCUGCGCAAUAUUAAAGGCGCACCUCCCGAAUCUGGCACUAGCAAGGCCAUGCACACGGUACUAGUCACUGCAAACUCGCUCGGACCUGCACUCAUCUCGGCUAUGAAGGAUGUCACUACCAAGGAGAAGGCAGUGCCGUCCAUAGAAGUCAGAAGCAGACCUGACAUGGAGCCAACAGAGCCGUUAGAACAUGCCGACACAAUGCUAGAGCCAGACCCGCAAACCAAAGUACUUCCACACCGCAGCUUAUCGUUGCAGCGUGUGACACGAGCCGACGCCGCCACAAGUCCUGCUCUACAAGCACCAUUACCAACACAACCACCUACCCCGCUUACAAGCAGCCCGACAUGCCGAUUCCACCGUCUGCUCUUGGUAGACGAUAACCCCAUAAAUCUAAAAAUGCUAUGCGCUUUUGCAAAACGCCUCGGCGUACCGUAUUCCAGUGCCACCGACGGCGCAGAAGCGGUGCGUCUCUAUCGAACCGCCACUGAGCAAGGGGACCCAAAAGCAAACUAUGACUGCAUCUUCAUGGACAUCAGCAUGCCAGUUAUGGAUGGCUUCCAAGCCGUAUCAAAGAUUCGUGGAAUCGAACACGGUUUGCUGGAAAAAGGCAUACCAAGACAGUCCGAUGACGCUGCGAAACAUGGUUUAGAUGGCACUCUAGAGGAAGAGAGAGGUACCCGGGCGUACAUCUUCGCAUUAACGGGUCUUGGUAGCGAGAAAGCGCGAAAGCAAGCGAAGAAUAGCGGUUUUGACGAGUUCCUUCUCAAGCCAGUGAGGUUCAAAGACGUCCUACCGUUGUUGGCACGUCUGCCGACUGCAUGA